AUGGAUGAGAGCUUGGAUAGUGCAGGAGGCCUGGGGGGUGGAGGAGCUGUGCGGGCCUCCAGUAUCUUCCCCAUCAUGAGUGUGGGGCUGCUGUUCAUGGGGGGGCUGUGCGUAGCUGCCAGCGAAUUCUACCGAAGUCGUCAUAACGUCAUACUCAGCGCCGGAAUCUUCUUUGUCUCUGCAGGCCUCAGUAAUAUCAUCGGCAUCAUCGUGUACAUAUCCGCUAACUCGGGCGACCCCGGUCAGAGUGACAGUAAGAAGAGCUACUCCUACGGCUGGUCCUUCUACUUCGGUGCUCUCUCCUUCAUCAUGGCCGAGAUGGUGGGCGUGCUCGCCGUGCACAUGUUCAUCGAGAAGCACCGCAAGCAGCGCGCCAAGUCCCGUACCGAGCUCAUUAAGAAGUCCGCCUUCAGCCGCAUCCCGUCCUACCGCUACCGCUUCCGCCGUCGCUCCAGCGUGCGCUCCUCCGAGGCGCCCAGCCGCGACGCCUCGCCCCUGGGGAAGGGCGGCUACACGGGGCCGGCGGCCGCCGACAUCUCCAUGUACACCCUGAACCCCCGCGAGGCGGGCAGCAAGGCGGCCAUGGGGGCGCUGCUCAACUCGGAGAGGGAGUUCCUGCAGAGCAGCACGCUGACCAAGGACUACGGCAAGGACCCCAACAGGAGAACCACACCUGUCUGAGGGGGCCGGCCCCGUUGGUUGAAGGACUGAGGGGGAGG